AUGGCUGCCAAAGGAGAAGAGCAGAAACCUCCAGGAGAAGGGCAGAAACCUCCAGAAGAGCAGAAAUCUCCAGAAGUUAUGGGGGUUAUGAAGGAUCUGGGCUCUCUCACUGUAGAUGUGGACAGUAACCACCCAGUACUGAGCUUUGGGCAGAACAGCAGCCAGCAGGGGCAGUGCAGUGCUUUAGAUAUAUCAGCCGGUUGGUACAGGCCACAUUUGGUUGAUGAUCACUACGCUUGUGGGAGCCAGCAGGGGCAGUUUAGCCUGCCUGCAGAUGUAGAAAUUCCCUCUUGUGAAAUAUUCACAUUUCCCUUCAGUCUGGCAGUACAGAGAGAUGGCAGGGUUGUUGUAAGUGACCACAUGAAACACGGCGUCUUCCUGUUUGAGGCAGAUGGGACACUGGUGAAACAGGUGGGAGGGCUUGGGGAGGGGGAGGGGCAGUUUGCUGAGCCAUGGUGUGUCUGUGUGGAUAAAGAGGACAACAUCAUUGUGUCAGAUAAACGCAAUAACCGUGUUCAGGUGUUUGACAAGAAUCUGAACUAUAAGCACAAGUUUGGUCAGGAGGGAAAACAGCCAUGGGACAUGUGGAGCCCUAUAGGGGUGUCAGCUGACAGCAAGGGGAACAUAGUUCUGUCAAACACUGGUGGUGACAACAGUAAGCUUAAUAAGCUUCAGGUGUUCCGCUCAGACGGCACCUGGGUAUCCACCAUUAGCAUUGAUGGGGACAAACGGACCCGGCCCCAUGGGGUGGCUGUGACAGAGGAUGGACAUGUGUUUGUAGCUGUUUUCCGAGACAAAUUUUUCAUCAGGAAGUACAAAUACAUGUAAAAACAGCACAGAAUGCUUCAGGUACAGGAACUGUGAGCACCUACUAACUAGCUUAGUAUUUACAAUCAUCUAUAUUCUACUUUGGGUGAAGUAUUGGUACAGUCUGGGUUUAUGGAAAAGGCCAUGCUGUAAACCUGGCCCGUCUAGCAUAUACAUGUAUAAGGAUACCCCCAUAUCCUCAUAAAAGAUAAGAUGAAGCAGCUGUACCCUCUAGCGGAAUGCUCCCAUUGCACUGGGUAUAGCAUGGCAUAUACAGGUGUAGCUUGGUCAAAGUUGCAUAAGAAUUUUACCUGUUAUAGAGGAUAUCUUUUCCAAACAACAUUUGAAAACUAUAGAUACUAUUGUUAAAUACACGAAUAUAACCUUUAAGAAUUUUAAAGCGCUACCCGUAAUACAUUACAGGUUUGCCGCAGGCGCAGUACAUUAAGCCAACAUGCUACCAUAAUGCUGUGAAGACUUUUUCAAAGCAAGACUAUCAUAACAAAAUCUUAAAGAACUGUGACUUGUUUUUAGUUGUGUGUAACAAGUUAUCUGUAAAGUGCUGUUGCUUAAGUCAAAGACCACAAUACCAGAUUGAUAAAUGGAAGCCUUAAAAUUCUUCAGGCUUUUCUCAAUGUAUUUCAAGCUGUUUAUACAUGUACAUGUAACCAAUUUUGUUUUAACAUAAUAGAAUGGUUUAUUUAUGAAAGACAGCAUAGUUGCAGCCCGCUGGUUGUCAGGCCCGUUUACACUUACAAAAACAUUUCAUGCUCGUCACUGAUACAUACUGUCAUGAUCACUAAGAUUACCAUACCAGUCAACUUAUUACCAUAAACACAUUAAAUAUUUGUCAACUUUUAGUCAUCAAGAAUCUCCAGGGACUUUAUGUAUGGAUUAAAUGAUAAUUAUGCAAAUCAUAAUAUUCAUCAGAAGGUAGCAUGCCUGGCUAUAGUGGAUUUAUGUCAUGAAAAAACAAAUUCAAAAUCUAGUUUAUAAGUAAAGAAAAUUGGUGAGUGACUGUGUAUAUUGCUUUUUCUGUGAGUUUACCAUUAUUCGCCAUAUGAUUAUUUGCCAUAGACUUAGCGGGGCAGCAUUUAUUUUUAAGAGCAGCUAACGGCGUUUUUUUUUUCAGGGGGGGGGGGCUUGCAACACCAAAGAACAUGCCAACAAAUAAUUGUACCUGGUCCAAUGCCUGCCAUUUCUAGUUCAAUUUUGAGCUGACACCAUGUACAAGUAGCUGAUAUGAUGAAAAUUAUUCUACAUGCUGCACAUCAUUUGCUAAGCCCCUAACACCAUGUUAAUUAAAAGUACUGGAAACACGUCAGAAAUGUCGAUCCUGCCAGAAUUGGUGCGUCUAUCCCGCAGUACCUGGGCAGGGUCUGUAAUCCCCACAGGGCCGCGGGAUUAUGGUGGGAUGAUGGGCUGAAUUUGCUCAUCAAACAACAUGAUUAGAGACUUAAGAUAAACUGAUGAGGUAGUCAGGAGAGAUUUAACAUGGCCUCCCCUCUCUGGCACAACUCCAGGCCUGGUAAUAAAGACAGUAAUGCAAGGUCAUGGUUAUAGAUGGACCAGUGCCCGGUAGGAGGGCUGGUAAGGAUAAAUUUCUAGCUACUUUAUCUUGUAGCAUGCAUAGUCCAGUGGUUACGGGGGUGCCAGAGUAUACAGUGCAAUUUUACGAAAUACAGUGCAAUCGUAU